AAAAAAAAAAAAAAAAAAAAAAAAAAGGUUUCCUAUUAGGUUUAUUUACUGUUAUUUUAAAUUAUGUGUGUGUGUAUGUGCACAUGAGUGCAGUGCCCUCAGAGGCCAGAAGAGGGCAUCAGAUGCCCCUGAAGCUGGAGUUAAAGGUGAUUGUGAGCCACCAUGUGGUUAGUGGGAUUUGAACUCAGAACCUCUGGAAGAGCAGUCAGUGUUCCCACCUGCUAAGCCAUCUCUCUAGUCACUUACAUUUACAGUCAUAAUCUCAUGUAGCCCAGGCUGGCCUCAGAUUGCUAGGUAGCUGAGGAUGAUCUUGAACUCACCGUCAUCUCCACCUCCACCUCCAGAGUGCUGGGAUGGCAGGUGUGCGCCUCCCCACCAUCUCCCCGUUUUGGCUUUAUGCAAAUGCAUUUAAGAUAAAACAGCCUUCAAAUGUUAAAAGUUGUUUCCACAAGCCUGAAGAAGAACUCCAGUUCCUGUUGUCCCCACGUCUGUAUCACAGACAAAUAAAGACGGUGUAGAGCCCAGGUACGAGCCGCCUCUGCCAGCUCUGAGAGAUGCAGCUACGGAAUGAUAGCAAGUUCAAGGGUAGCAUGGACGACGUAGCAAGUCUGUCUCAAAGUGGAAAGUAGAGAAGAGGGUGGCUCAACAAUACAGGCCAGCCUAGAAGCCCCCAGUGAGAGGCUGGGGGCGUUGUCAGGGGUGGAGCCCCGCCUAGAAUCCCCCCAGUAGAAGUAGAAAACCACACUCAGGGACAAGCACCUGCUUAGCAUUCCUGAGGUUAGAAUUGUGAAAGGGGGUGGGGGGCAGUCUUCAGGGAGGGUUGCAGCCCAGGCAGCCCAGGCCAGGGACAAACAGAAGCUUGGUAUGUGUCAGUCAGGACACAGCAGGCAGGCAUCAAUGGAGUCAGAAGCGGGGUAGGGAGAACCCACAAGCGCCCUUCCCAGGAGCCUGGCACAGCUGCCUCUACUGAGGAGCCCAUUGUCCAGCCACGGCCUGCACAAGCGGUUCCAUUUCCUACAUGGGCCCAGUGCCCCCCUCUUCUGACUGGGUCAACUGAGGACGUCUAAGGAUGAGCCUCUCCCCUUCUGCCCUUUGGAUAUCAUCCCAAUGUCCGAGGACCCUGGAACGGACACUCUCGACCUUGAAGCUGAUUGGCCAGAAUGCUGCCCCUUUGGGACUUAGUUUCCCCAGAAAUGAAAACCACUCGUGGAGCGAACUCUAUUCGUUCGCGCUCUUCAAGGCCAUGAGCCACAUGCUCUGUAUUGGCUACGGGCGGCAGGCUCCCGAGAGCAUGACGGACAUCUGGCUCACCAUGCUCAGCAUGAUCGUGGGCGCCACCUGCUACGCUAUGUUCAUUGGGCACGCCACGGCGCUUAUCCAGUCCCUGGACUCGUCACGGCGCCAGUACCAGGAGAAGUACAAGCAAGUGGAGCAGUACAUGUCCUUCCACAAACUGCCGGCUGACUUCCGCCAGAAGAUCCACGAUUACUAUGAACACCGGUACCAGGGGAAGAUGUUUGACGAGGACAGCAUCCUGGGGGAACUCAACGGCCCACUGCGUGAGGAGAUUGUGAACUUCAACUGCCGGAAGCUGGUGGCUUCCAUGCCGUUGUUUGCCAACGCAGACCCCAACUUCGUCACCGCCAUGCUGACAAAGCUCAAAUUUGAGGUCUUCCAGCCUGGAGACUACAUCAUCCGAGAGGGGACCAUCGGGAAGAAGAUGUACUUCAUCCAGCACGGGGUGGUGAGCGUGCUCACCAAGGGCAACAAGGAGAUGAAGCUGUCAGAUGGCUCCUAUUUUGGGGAGAUCUGCCUGCUCACGAGGGGCCGGCGCACAGCCAGUGUGCGGGCUGACACCUACUGUCGCCUCUACUCACUGAGCGUGGACAACUUCAACGAGGUGCUGGAGGAGUACCCCAUGAUGCGGCGUGCCUUUGAGACCGUGGCCAUUGACCGCCUGGACCGCAUAGGCAAGAAGAACUCCAUCUUGCUACACAAGGUUCAGCAUGAUCUCAGCUCGGGUGUGUUCAACAACCAGGAGAACGCCAUCAUCCAGGAGAUUGUCAAAUAUGACCGUGAGAUGGUGCAGCAGGCAGAGCUGGGCCAGCGUGUGGGGCUCUUCCCACCACCGCCACCACCGCAGGUCACGUCGGCCAUCGCCACGCUGCAGCAGGCCGUGGCCAUGAGCUUCUGCCCGCAGGUGGCCCGCCCGCUCGUGGGGCCCCUGGCGCUAGGGUCCCCACGCCUCGUGCGCCGCGCGCCCCCAGGGCCUCUGCCUCCUGCAGCCUCACCAGGGCCACCCGCAGCGAGCCCCCCGGCUGCACCCUCGAGCCCUCGGGCACCGCGGACCUCACCCUACGGUGUGCCUGGCUCUCCGGCAACGCGUGUGGGGCCCGCAUUGCCCGCACGCCGCCUGAGCCGCGCCUCGCGCCCACUGUCCGCCUCGCAGCCCUCGCUGCCCCACGGCGCGCCCGCACCCAGCCCCGCGGCCUCUGCGCGCCCGGCCAGCAGCUCCACCCCGCGUCUGGGACCCGCACCCACCACCCGGACCGCGGCACCCAGUCCGGACCGCAGGGACUCAGCCUCGCCGGGCGCUGCCAGUGGCCUCGACCCACUGGACUCUGCGCGCUCGCGCCUCUCUUCCAACUUGUGACCCUUGCGCGCCGCCCCGCGGGCCGGGCGGGGCCGUCAUCCACACCAAAGCCAUGCCUCGCGCCGCCCGCCCGUGCCCGUGCAGAAGCCAUAGAGGGACGUAGGUAGCUUAGGAGGCGGGCGGCCCUGCGCCCGGCUGUCCCCCCAUUGCCCUGCGCCCACCCCAUCGCCCCUGCCCCAGCGGCGGCCGCACGGGAGAGGGAGGGGUGCGAUCACCUCGGUGCCUCAGCCCCAACCUGGGACGGGGACGGGGCGGCCCUGGCCGAGGACCUGGCUGUGCCCCGCAUGUGCGGUGGCCUCCGAGGAAGAAUAUGGAUCAAGUGCAAUACUCGGCCCGCCGGCUUCCCGCUGCCCCCGGCAAGCUCACGCAAUAACCAGCUCGCCCCUGCCCACGCGUCCGUGGUGACCUCCCUCGGGCACCCAGGGGCGGGCUUCACGGCCAAGCCGGCGUGGGGGUGAGGCUGGGUCCCCGCCGUCGCCAUGAAUGUACUGACGAGCCGAGGCAGCAGUGGCCCCCACGCCCCAUUAACCCACAACCCCAUUCCGCGCAAUAAACGACAGCAUUGGCGCCCA